AUGCAUCUGAUGAGUGCUGUGACAGGUUGCCUCGCUGUGUUUGGGGCUGUCAGACUGCUCUCCCUCCCCUGGCUCUGCAGCCUGUUGGCAGGGCUGGGGCUCUUCAUGGUCUGGAGGGGUUCCUGGAAGUUCCUGCAUGUCGCUCUACGAACCAUCAAAAGAGACUUAAUGUGUCUGGUUGUAAUCCUGCGGGUGAGGUUUUCCAUGAGCCGUAAUCUGCGGAAUAGAAGCACUAUCCCUGCCCUGUUUGCCCAGACGGUGACACUGCACCCAGACAAACCUGCUUUGAUCUAUGAGGCUACAGGAGAGGUUUGGAGUUUCAGGGAGCUGCAGGAGCGGUGCCAUGCUGUGGCUCACUGGGCGCUGGGACAGGGGUGGGCCGAGGGAGACGUGGUGGCCCUGUACAUGGAGAGCCAUCCCAUGGUGGUUGCUCUGUGGUUGGGUCUGGCUAUGGUCGGCGUAGAGGCUGCACACAUAAACCACAACCUCCGUCAGCAAUCGCUUCUGCACUGUGUCAGCGUGUCUGGUGCUCGGGCAAUGGUGUUCGGGGCAGAGCUGAGAGAGGUGGUGGCAGAGGUGACUGAGUCUCUGCAGCCCCACAUGGUUUUGUUCAUCAGAGGAGAGCUGGAUGGUGAGGAGAAGCUCUGCAGCCUUCAGGUCCAGAACCUGGACGCCCUGCUGGACCGCUCGCCCAAACACCCACCGCAGUACACACUCAGGAAGGACUUUAACGACAGACUUUUCUACAUCUACACUUCUGGUACAACAGGCAUGCCCAAGGCAGCAGUGGUGGUGCAGAGUCGUUAUUAUCGCAUCGCUGCCUUUGGUUUCCACUCCUUUGGUUUGUGUCACAGUGACGUCAUCUACAGCUGUCUGCCCCUGUAUCACUCUGCAGGUACCAUCAUGGGAGUUGGCCAGUGUUUGCUCUUUGGUUUGACUGUUGUAGUCAGAAGGAAGUUCUCAGCCAGUCGCUUCUGGGAUGACUGUGUCAAACACAACUGCACUGUAAUUCAAUACAUAGGUGAGAUUUGUCGUUACCUGUUGGCCCAGCCGGUCCGUUCAUCCGAGGCACACCACCGGGUCCGUGUUGCCAUUGGCAACGGCCUCCGUCAUUCUGUGUGGGAAGAGUUUGUCCAGAGAUUUAGAAUCCCAAAAGUCGGGGAAUUUUAUGGCGCCACAGAGUGCAACUGCAGCCUGCUCAACAUAGAUGGAAAGGUGGGAGCGUGUGGCUUCAGCAGUCGCAUCCUGCCCAGCUUUUACCCCAUCAGACUGGUCAAGGUGAAGAAGGAGAAUGGAGAGUUGCUUAGGGAUUCACAAGGCCUCUGUGUUCCCUGUCUGCCUGGUGAGCCGGGCAUGUUGGUAGGGCGCAUCAACCACACUGAUCCACUCAGGAGAUAUGACGGCUACGCUGAUAAGGAUUCCACAAAUCAGAAAAUAGCUCACAAUGUCUUCAAUGUGGGGGACUCUGUGUACGUCUCAGGUGACAUGCUGGUGAUGGAUGAAUAUGGCUACAUUUAUUUCAGGGACCGUAGCGGCGACACAUUUCGUUGGCGGGGGGAAAACGUUUCCACCACGGAGGUGGAGGGAGUUCUCAGCCGCCUGCUGGGCAACACAGUCGUAGCCGUCUAUGGAGCUUCAGUGCCAGGUGUGGAGGGGAAGGCUGGUAUGGCAGCAAUAGCUCACGCAGGAGGCCAGUUUGACCUCGAUGCGUUCUUCAUCGCUGUACAGAAAGCCCUGCCUUCCUACGCACGCCCCGUCUUCCUGCGACUCAUGCCAUCUGUUGACACUACAGGCACCUUUAAAAUCCAGAAGACACGUCUGCAGAAGGAAGGAUACAAGCCACAAGACUCCAGUGAAAAGAUUUAUUUUCUGAACAGUCGUGCUGGGCGUUACGAGGCUGUUACUGAUGAACUAUAUAAUGCCAUCAUGGAGGGGAAAGUGUGUCUGUGAGACAAGAGGAGGCUGAGAAGAAACGGAUAGUGUGUAUAUAUUCAAAAGGAGAAC